UUCUGGAAGAAGGUGGAGGGCACCUCUGGGCAGCACUACCUGCAGGCCGUGAAGGCAUCAACGCUGGCAGCCAAACCUUGGGAUCAGCAGAGGAAGUCCCUGCACGAUCAGCUCGAGGCCACCAAGAAGAAGCUGACCAGCGCCCAGCAUGAAUGUGACAAGACGUAUGAGGCCAUUGUGAAGAUGGCCAACGACUAUGAGGAGCAGAUCAAGACCGCUGCCGAUCUCACGCCUGAGGUACAGCAGCUUGAGACCCAGCACAAGAUGGCGGCCCAGCAGGCGCUCAAGGAGCACGCGUGCGAGACGGCCGUUGCGCAGCUCGCGGCCAAGCUGCGCGCGGAGUGGCAAGCGGCGCACGCGGCGCAGCAUGCCCAGGCUGCGCAGGCCCAGCCCCGCGGGGCCCAGGCGGUCCCAGGCGGCGGGCCAACCCCGUUCGCCGACGCCCCAGCCCUGCCGCCGGCGGAUGGCGGACCGCCCACGCCCGCGGGCCCUGGCGCAUCGGACGGCGCUGCGGGCGGCGCUGACAUCAGCCCCGAGGAGGACGCAGUCUACGACGAGGAGGAGAAGGCCAUGGAGGUCGAGGAGCUCAACGCCGAUCAGAAGCGCCUCGCGGGCAGCAAGCGCGCUGGUGAGGCCGUCGACCAGGUGCUGAACCUGCAAGGCCAGAACCUCCCGCAGCCCCCUCAGCAGCUGGAGAGCACUGACGCACCCCAGAAGAGCGCCAAGGCCCUGUGCGUCGCCGCAGCCAAGGGCAAGGGCGGCAAGGGCGACCCUGCG